AUGGCACCGUUACCCAUCUCCUUGUUGGCGUUCAUGUGCCUUGCUCUUCCCGCCCAAUCACGGCCACAGCCCCUUGAUGAUCGCCAAAAUGUCGGAGGAGAUUCGAUGGCCCUUUCAUUCACCCACAACGAUUCCAGGUCAUUUCCAAUGACCGUUGGCGGCAUGUCGAUGCCAACGCCACCUAUUCUUCCGCUGGCAGCAAGGCAACGACCUGCAAGCUCGUCGCCGGAGGGGAUGGGAGACGACGAUCCCUCCCAUGCCUUCCUGGGCACCAUCCUUGGACGGAACUUUCCUGUUGAGCAAGGCUUAGCCGGUACUUUCACUCUGCCGGUCAUCCAUGCCGAACUACCGGGGCUGGACAGACGAGCAGUCGACGUGGGCCUCAAAGGCCGCAGCGACAUAGCAUACUACGCUCAGCUCAGCAUCGGAACACCUCCGCAAAAAGUCUUUGCCCAGCUGGAUACCGGCUCCUUUGAGCUUUGGGUGAAUCCAAACUGCAGCGGCCUGGCCGACGCCGACGAGAGGUUCUGCCGGCGAAUCGGGCGGUACGAUCCAGCAAACUCGUCAACGUCGGCCGUCAGCGGCCUUGGCAAGUCGCUGAGAUACGGCAUCGGUGCCGCCAACAUUACCUACGUUCUCGACGAUAUUUCCCUCGCCGGUUCGACCGUGAUGAAAGGGGUCCGCUUCGGCAUCGCCCGGAACAGCGAGGCCCAGUUCGCCGGCAUAUUGGGCGUCGGCUACGGAAAGGGACGCAACAUCGGCUACAACAACUUCCUCGACGAGCUGGCCACGCAGAGCGUCAUCGACAAAAAAGCCUUCAGCGUCGCUCUCGGGUCGAAGGAGGAAGGCGAGGGCACCGUCGUCUUCGGCGGUGUCGAUACCUCCAAGUUUUCCGGUGCCCUGGCUCCGCUGCCCAUCAUCCCGGCGUCGGAAUCCCCCGACGGCGUGGCCCGGUACUGGGUCAAGCUCGACUCGAUCUCGCACCGGGGCCAGGACGGCAAGACGACGACUCUUACCAACAAAAGCAUGCCCGUGUUCCUCGACACGGGCGCGACGCUGACCUUGCUGCCUCCGGAUGUCGCCAACUCGGUGGCAGCGGCCCUCAAUGCCACCAGCAAGGUCCUCAAAGACUCCUACACGGUCGACUGCAGCCUGACGAGGCGGAACGGCACCGUCGACUUUGCGUUCAAGGGCGUCACCAUCAAGGUGCCGUACAAGGACUUGAUCCGACAAACUCGAGGCCAGUCUCCCAUCUGCUAUCUAGGCAUCACGCAAAGCAGCAACUUUGCCCUGCUCGGCGAUACCUUCCUGCGGUCCGCGUUUGGUGAGUGCGGCGGUGGGCAAGUGCUAUUCUGCCAGUUGCCGACGGCUAACACGGAGCCAGUCGUCUUCGACCUCGCAUCUGAUAUGACCUACAUGGCCCCCUAUGUCAACUGCGGAUCGAGCCCGCAGACGAUUGCGCCGUCGUCGGACCUCAAGAAUGUUCUUGGAGCAUGCAGAAGAGAGUUCAGGGCAGAGGAGACGUUGGUGAAUUCGGAGAAGCCGGGGGUCAAGAGCUCGACGGGCCGGGUUGACCGUAGUGCUGCUGCGGCCCGUCCAGACGCGAGAAUGGCAUGGCUCAUGGGCAUUUCUGCCGGUCUCGCAGCCUCACUCGCCGGCGUUAUACUAUAA